AUGGAAGAGUUACGAGCAACAAAACAGAAAACAAUUCAAAAUGCACAUCAUAUUGCUUUGGAUUGUAUUCAUCCACAGUGUGGUUUGUUCAUCUAUGUCUGUAUCCUUGGAACGCACAGUCAGCACAUGGAUCUCCUUAUCAUGUACACCCCUAUCCCUCUCCUGUCCGUCUCCAACAUGCAUUCCAAGCUCAACAGAGCCCCAAGAUGUUUCAUCCAAAAGGGCUUAAGUCACAUCUUGACUGCAAGGCUUUUGGAACACCAAAUGAUAGUCCAAUCUUUGGCCGAGCACUAUGUCUUACACCCCGUGGAAGCCCCCUUCCAGGUCGGGUUUCCCACUUAA